AUGCAAGCAGCAUCUCCAUCCGUUUCUGAGGACCUGGAGUUCUCUAGACGCACCGUCUCCCACACACCGUCUCCACCAGCUGCCAAACCGGACCAGGAGAUGCAAAAGGCUACCAACUCACUGUCCUGCUCAUCAUCUCCAUCCGUUUCUGAGGACCUGGAGUUCUCUAGAUGCACCCUCUCCCAGAAACCAUCUCCACCAGCUGCCCAACCAGACCAUGAGGAGAUGCAAGAAGCUACCAACUCCCUGUCUGGCUCCUCAUCUCCAUCCGUUUCUGAGGACCUGGAGUUCUCUAGACGCACCCUCUCCCAGAAACCAUCUCCACCAGCUGCCAAACCGGACCAUAAGAUGCAAGACACUACGAACUUGAUUUCCGUCUCCUCAUCUCCAUCCGUUUCUGAGGAUCUGGAGUUCUCUAGACACACCCUCUCCCGGAAACCAUCUCCACCAGCUGCCAAACUGGACCAGGAGAUGCAAGAGGCUACCAACUCGCUGUCCGGCUGCUCAUCUCCAUCUGUUCAUGAGGACCUACAGUUCUCUAGACGCACCCUCUCCCAGACACCAUCUCCACCAGCUGCCCAACCAGACGAGGAGAUGCAAGGCGCUACCAACUCACUGUCCAGCUCCUCAUCUCCAUCCGCGUCUAAGGACCUGGAGUUCUCUAGACGCACCCUCUCCCGGACACCAUCUCCACCAGCUGCCAAACCGGACCAGGAGAUGCAAAACGCUACCAACUCAUUACGCACCCUCUCCCACACACCGUCUCUACCAGCUGCCAAACCGGACCAGGAGACGCAAGACACUACCAAUUCACUGUCCGGCUCAUCAUCUCCAUCCCUUUCUGAGGACCUGGAGUUCUCUAGACGCACCCUCUCCCGGACACCAUCUCCACCAGACACCAAACCGGACCAGGAGAUGCAAGACUCUACCCACUCUGAGUUCUCUAGACCCACCCUCUCCUGGAGACCAUCUCCACCAGCUGCCAAACCUAACCAGGAGAUGCAAAACGCUACCAACUCUCUGUCCGGCUCAUCAUCUCCAUCUGUUUCUGAGGACCUGGAGCUCUCUAGACGCACCCUCUCCCGGAGACCAUCUCCACCAGCCGCCAAAGCGGACCAUAAGAUACACCAUCUCCACCAGCUACCAAACGGGACUAGGAGAUGCAAGACGCUACCAACUCGCUGUCCGGCUCCUCAUCACCAUCUGUUUCUGAGGAGCUGGAUUUCUGUAGAUGCACCAUCUCCACCAGCUAACAAACCGGACAAGGAGAUGCAAGACUCUAAUAACUUGCUGUCCGGCUCCUUCCACCAAACCAGACCAGGAGAUGGAAGACACUACCAACUCGCGUCUCCAUCAGGUUUUGAGGACCUGGAGUUCUCUAGACACACCCUCUCCGGCACACCAUCUUCACCAGCUACCAAACCGGACCAGGAGACGCAAGACACUACCAACUUGCUGUCCGGCUCCUCAUCUCCAUCCGUUUCUGAGGACCCGCAGUUCUCUAGACACACCCUCUUCCGGACACCAUCUCCAACAGCUACCAAACUGGACCAGGAGAUGCAAGACUCUACCAACUUGCUGUCCGGCUCCUCAUCAACAUCGUUUUCUGAGUAUCUGGAGUACUCUAGAUACACACUCUCCCGCACACCAUCUCCACCAGCUACCAAACCGGACCAGAAGAUGCAAGAAUCUACCAACUCGCUGUCAGGCUCCUUGUCUUCAUCUGUUUCUGGGGACCUGGAGUUCUCUAGAUACACUCUCUCCCAGACACCAUCUCCACCAGCUACCAAACCGGACCAGGAGAUGAAAGCCUCUACCAACUCCAUGUAUGGCUCCUCAUAUCAAUCCUUUUCUGAGGACCUGGAGUUCUCUAGAUACACCCUCUCCAGGACACCAUCUCCACCAGCUACCAAACCAGACCAGGAGAUGCAAGACACUACCAACUUGCUGUCUGCUUCCUCCUCUCCAUCUGUUUCUGAGGACCUGUAUUACUCUAGAUACACUCUCUCCCACACAACAUCUCCACCAGCUACCAAACCGGACCACAGGAUCCAAGACUCUACCCACUCUCUUUCCGGCUCCUUGUCUCCAUCCGAGAUGCAAGACUCUACCAACUCUCUGUCUGUCUCCGCGUCUCCAUCCGUUUCUGAGUACCUGCAGUUCUCUAGAUAUCCUCUCUCCCGCACACCACCCCCACCAGCUACUAAACCGGACCAAGAGAUGCAAGACUCUACUAACUCGCUGUCCAGCUCCUUGACUCCCUACCAAACCGACCAGGAGAUGCAAGACUCUACCAACUUUCUGUUUGGAUCCUCGUCUCCACAGGACCUGGAGUUCUCUAGAUACACUCUCUCCUGCACCCCAUCUUCACCAGCUACCAAACCGGACCAGAAGAUGCAAGACUUUACCAACUAUCUGUCCGACUCCUUGUCUCCAUCCAUUUCUGAGGACCUGGAGUACUCUAGAUACACUCUCUGCCGCACACCAUCCCCACCAGCUACCCAACCGGACCAGGAGAUGCAAGACUCUACCAACUCGCUGUCUGGCUCCUUGUCUCCAUCAGAGAUGCAAGACUCUACUAACUUGCUGUCCGGCUCCUCAUCUCAAUCCGUUUCUGAGGACCUGGAGUUCUCUAGAUACACCCUCUCCCAGACACCAUCUCGACCAGCUACCAAACCGGACCAGAAGAUGCAAGACACUACCAAACCGCUGUCUGCCUCCCCUCCAUCCGUUUCUGAGGACCUGGAGUACUCUAGAUACACUCUCUUGCACAUACCAUCUGCACCAGCUACCAAACCGGACCAGAAGAUGCAAGACUCAGCCAACUCUCUGUCAGGCUCCUUGUCUCCAUCCGUUUCUGAGGACCUGGAGUACUCUAGAUACACCCUCUCCCGCACACCCUCUCCACCACCCACCAAACCAGACCAGGGAAUGCAAGACGCUACCAACUCCCUGUCCGGCUCCUCAUCUCCAUCCGUUUCUGAGGACCUGGAGUACUCUAGAUACACUCUCCUUUGUCUUAAUGAUGCAUAG